AUACAAAUCGGUCGAACUCUUCAUAUAUAAUAUUCCCACUAAUAUUACUCUUAACUUUAAAUAGAUUUCUUAUAUAUGGGUUCAAAAAUGUCUGAUCCCCUUGUGAUUGGUAGAGUGAUUGGGGAAGUUGUUGAUUAUUUCACUCCAAGUGUUAAGAUGUCUGUUACUUAUAACAGCAGCAAGCAUGUUUAUAAUGGGCAUGAACUCUUUCCUUCCUCAGUCACCUCUAAACCUAGGGUUGAAGUUCAAGGAGGUGAUUUGAGAUCUUUCUUUACACUGAUCAUGAUAGACCCAGAUGUUCCUGGUCCUAGUGAUCCAUAUCUCAGGGAACAUCUACACUGGAUUGUCACAGACAUUCCAGGCACUACAGAUUGCUCGUUUGGGAGAGAAAUAGUUGGGUAUGAAAUGCCAAGGCCAAAUAUUGGAAUUCACAGGUUUGUAUUUCUGCUGUUCAAGCAGAAGAAGAGGCAAACAGUAUUGACUGCACCUCUCUCCAGGGAUCGAUUUAAUACGCGUAAAUUCUCAGAAGAAAAUGAGCUUGGGUCUCCUGUUGCAGCAGUUUUCUUCAAUUGCCAGAGGGAAACCGCUGCCAGAAGGCGUUGAAGAAGAAGAAGAAUAUGUGCGUUAUAUCAUUACUGUUUAUAAUUGGUUAUUAUUGUUGUUCUCGUUACUCUGAAGUAAGAUACUGAACCAAGGUAUGCAGUGCAUGUAUUACUGAUCUUACAAGAAUCUCAGAGAUAUAUGUAAUGUUGGAGUGCCAUGCUUGAAUAAGACCCGUGGGUAAGAAUGUACUUUCAUGAUCAAAGCGCGCAGCAUGUAAUAUCAUCAUUGUAAAUUAA